AUGAAUUUUGCUGAAUCUGGUCAAUGUUCGUCCUCAGAGUGGGUGACUAGUACAGUAGAAUUCAUCAAGUUUAAUUCUGAUUGGGAUAAAUCAGUGGGUCUCAGAUUUGGUCAGUGGGUCUCAGAAUGUCAAGCUGGAAAAUUCAGUGCUGCCGGAUCUGCAACCUGUUCUGAAUGCGAAGCUGGGGAAUUCAGUGCUGCUGGAUCUGCAACCUGUUCUGAAUGCGAAGCUGGGGAAUUCAGUGUUGCUGGAUCUGCAACCUGUUCUGAAUGCGAAGCUGGGGAAUUCAGUGCUGCUGGAUCUGCAACCUGUUCUGAAUGCGAAGCUGGGGAAUUCAGUGCUGCCGGAUCUGCAACCUGUUCUGAAUGCGAAGCUGGGGAAUUCAGUGCUGCCGGAUCUGCAACUUGUUCUGAAUGCGAAGCUGGAGAAUUCAGUGCUGCUGGAUCUGCAACCUGUUCUGAAUGCGAAGCUGGGGAAUUCAGUGCUGCAGGAUCUGAUUCUUGCAGGUCUUGCGAAAUAGGAAAAGAGGCUAACUCUGAGAAAACUAAUUGUAUGUCCUGUCUGGCGGGUACCUACAAAGACAGUUCCGUGGAAGCGUGUCAGCAGUGUUCUAGUAACACCUACAGUGCAGAGAGUGCGGGAUUCUGUACUGCUUGUCCUCAAGGAUCUCAAGCAAAUGAAGAUCGGACCAAAUGCGUUUCAUGUGAGAGCUUACCCUCAAGCUGGGAACAGAUAAUGACACAGUCACAGUUCCCCCUCGCACCUAGGAGUGAAGUGUCCUUGAUGUGCAGCACCGGACACACUCUGACUGGAGCCAGCACUGUCACGUGUAUUGAGGAAGAUGACUUCUCCUUCAACGAAGAGCCUUUUUGCGUUGUAGGUUUGAAGAUCCGCUACGACUGCAGCAAACUGCCGAACAUCCAGAACCUAGGAACAACCACCCAAUUUCCUGUUUCCUACGAUACCCGGGUAACAGUGCAUUGUGAUGCUGGGUACUCUCUUGUAGGUGGUGACGUCAUAACAUGUAUCAAGGAUGAAAACUAUCAAACUAUUGAUGGUCAACUUCCUUCUUGCGAAGAAAGAACUUGCACGGAGUUGCCGAUAGGACGACACUUGAAAACGGACUCUGUAUUCCCGGUGAAGAAAGGGGCUGAGAUAUUCGUGAACUGUGUUGAGGGGUUCAUCCUCACUUCAGGAGACAGAACGAUAACCUGUGUUCAAGACGCUUACUACAUCUCAUCGAGUCAACUUCCUACUUGCAUCCCUGAAAAGUGCACAAAAUUGCCAAAUAUAUUUGACUUGAAGACCAGCACCUCACUUCCUGUGGAUCACGGAACAAUUGUGGAAAUGGACUGUAUCCCGGGGUACAGUCUGUCAGGGAGCAGACUCAUCACCUGUAUCAAGGACAAAAACUGGAGUUACUUGGAUUCCCCACAGUGUAUUUUAGAACUACCAGCAGCUGUAUCAGACAUGAUAACAACCAGCACCUUCCCCGUGAUAGUAGGAACAGUGGUGGAAGUGAACUGCAAGCCUGGCCACACUCUCGCCGGGGACAACGGCAUUACGUAUCGCUGUACGGGUAUGAUGAUUGAGAACUACCUUUCAACUGACGCUACAUUUCCUAUCACGUACGGAACUGCGAUCACAGUAGCUUGUGAUCCUGAGUACUUGCUGGCGGGCAGUAAAGUGAUAACUUGUGAGAAAGGGAUUGUCUACUCUCACAAGUCUUCACGGCCUCAAUGUGUUAACCCAGGUGAAUAA